CUUUCUCGGUUAUCAACUGUUCAUAUUUGAGUUGUCUGUGAUGGCCUUCCUGCAGAAGUCUAUGAGCUUUUCCCUUAUGGGGACAUUGGCCAUCAGCUGCCUGCUUCUCAUUGCCCUGUGGGCCCAGGAGGCAGCAGCGCUACCCAUCACUUCCCACUGCAAGAUUGAUGCGUCCGACUUCCAGCGGCCAUACUUCACCAACCGCACCUUCAUGCUGGCUGAGGAGGCUAGCCUUGCAGAUAACAACACAGAUGUCCGGCUCAUUGGGGAUGAGCUGUACCGGGGAGUCAAAAUGCAGGAUCGAUGCUACGUGAUGAAGGAGGUGCUCAACUUUACCCUUGAAGAAGUGCUGUCCCCCCAGUCAGACAGAUUCCAGCCCCACAUGCAGGAGGUGGUGUCCUUCCUCACCAAGCUAAGCAACCAGCUCAGCCUCUGUCGCAUCAGUGGUGAUGGCCGGCGCAUCCAGAAGAAUGUACAAACAAUGAAGGAAACAGUAAAAAAGCUCGGAGAGGGCGGGAAGAUCAAAGUCAUCGGCGAGCUGAACCUGCUGUUUUUUUCCCUGAGAAAUGCUUGUGUCUGAGCGAGAGAAGCUGGAACAUGAACGACGGGCCCUUCCUGCCUGCUACAAACAAUGAUAAGAUUCCCAAAAGGACUUUUUUCACCAAGGAAAGUGAGAAGCUAAACCCCACCAUCAUCAGAAGAUUCUACACAAAACCCGGCUCAGUUGAAAAAGAAAACCAAUGUCAUGUUGUCCGUAAGACCAGAUGUAGACUU